UUGCACAGCCCCUCACGAAAGGGACUCAUCAGUGAUGCACAAGUCAACGUGUUUGAUGAACGCGGCCUUACGCGUGGUCGCGGGAGGAGUUCGGAGCCACUAUGCAGUUCGAAGCAGGAGCCAGUUGAUCUGCAGAAGUUACCAACAGGGAAACUCGCACCUUUUUAGUACUAGAGCAGUGUCACUUGUUAGACAUAUGGAGCCAUUACCCGCGCAGCCACACCAUCAAACUCUUUUACGUUAUGCUGAUCUGUCCUCACAUAAAUACUCAUUGAUCUACGCUUUUCCUGCCAUUAAAGGCUUGCGAGCGCUCUCUAGGCUCAAACUGAUGCAAACUGGAAUAACGAUAGUCCUUCUUCCCACUGUAUAUUACUUCUAUCUCCAAGGGCAAGCGUCAGUGUCCCUUCUGUAUUACUCGACAGGUAUUGCAGCAUUUGCAGCCAUUAUGUUGUACUCCAUUAGUCACUAUGUGAGACGCGUCGUCGGAAUGAUGUACCUGGACUCCACAGAGACCACGCUGAAAGUGUCGCAUCUCACGUUCUGGGGUCACCGACGCGACAUUUGUCUUCCCGUGUCUGACGUAAUGACUGUGGCAGAUACUGGCGAUUCUAAAGGCGAGGUGAUUCUCCGUUUGAAACGGUACAGUACUCCGGACACAAUGUACUUUUCUACACGUCUGGGACGUGUGGUGGAUAAGAAGGCAUUUGAGAAAGUCUUUGGAACUUUAUCUUAAUGCUAUGAUGCUCACUGCAGAGGA